AUGGAGAUGCCCAGCCCACCCAGGAAUGGGAGGAUCCAGCCCACACUGGUUUUGGCGACACUGAACGCAGUGUUCGUCGGCUACAACACUGCCGUGGUCAACACGCCGCACAAGGUCCUGAAGUCAUUUUAUAAUGACAUCUACUUUGAGCGACGGACGUUCAUGGACGAGAAGGUUAUGCGGCUCCUGUGGUCUUGCACCGUAUCCAUGUUUCCCCUGGGCGGCUCGUUGGGUUCGCUGAUAGUUGGUCUGCUGGUUGACAAAUGUGGCAUCUGCUACAGUGCCUUUCCCAUGUACCUGGGGGAGUUGGCUCCCAAGAACCUUAGGGGCAUGCUGGGAGCAAUGACCGAGGUUGUUGUCAUCAUGGGAGUCUUCCUAGCGCGGAUCUUCAGCCCGCAGGCCAUCCUGGGCAACCCUACAGGCUGGCCCGUGCUCCUGGCACAGGGGGUCCCCGCGCUGCUGCAGCUCCUCAAUCUGUCCUUCUUCCCUGAGAGCCCGCGCUACACCCUGAUUCAGAGAAGAGACAAAGACACAGCUCGACAGGCCGAUGUGGAGGACAAGAUGGAAAAAAUGCACGUGGCGGACCAGGCGGAGAGGGCCGAGGGCCGCCUGUCAAUGCUCAACCUCUUCACCUUCCGGCCUCUGCGGUGGCAGCUCAUCUCUAUUGAUGUGCUCAUGGCCGGCCAGCAGCUUUCUGGGAUCAAUGCGAUCAACUACUACGCAGACAUGAUCUACACAGCUGCGGGUGUGUUGGCCGCCCACUCCCAGGACGUGACAGUGGGCACCGGCGUGGUCAACAUCGUUAUGACUGCCAUCUCGGCGACACUGUGGAGUGGCUGGGGGAGACGGCGCCUCCUGCUGGUCGGCUCCAGCAUCUGCGGCUCGGCCUGCCUCACGCUGACGCUGGUGCUCCUCCUCCAGCUCUGGCCUCGCACGGUGCCUGAGCUGUCCCACGUCGGCGUCAUCUGCGUCUUCACCUACAUCGCGGGACACUCUGCCGGGCCCGGUCCCAUCCCCGCCGUGGUGAGGACCGAGACCUUCCCACAAUCCGCCCCCGCUGCCUUCAUGGUGGCCGGAGCUGUGCACUGGCUCACCAACGUCAUCGUGGGCUUCAUGUUCCCUUCCGUCCAGGAGGCCACUGGGGCCUACAGUUUCGUCAUCUUUGCCGGCAUCUGCCUCCUCACCGCCGUCUACGUCUGCGUGGUGAUUCCUGAGACCAAGCGCCGAACGUUUGUGGAGAUAAACUGAGUUUUUGCCAAGAGAAACAGAGUGGAAGUUCCAGCGAAUAAAGAAGCAAUCGCAGAUGUCGGGCCUCGCGCCCUCCCUGCCUGCCCCGGAAACUUCCUCUUCAUGGCUCUGCAUGUCCCCAGGUGCUACAUCUAG